AUGAGGACCAUGAAUCUCACUGAGAGAUUGCGGUCCGCAUCCAUUGGUUUUGGUAUUGAACCACUGCUACUACUACCGGGCGAUCAUUUCAUAGACCUCGUUCAUGGCUACAUCCCGCUGCUCGUGGGUUUCACUCACGAAGACAAGGAGGCUAAAGGUCUACGAAAGCGCAAGCCUGGCGAAAAGCCUAAACCGCCCGUCUAUUUCUCCGCAAUGGAGGUGGUACGCGAUGAAAGAAUCCUUCUAUUGAGUGGGGCAGCGGGAAGUGGCAAGACGAGCUUCGCGAAACACCUGAGUUACUGCCUGGCUAGAGGUGGCUUCAAGUCUCGGCCACUAAUACGCAACGAGCUCGGCGAAGUCCACGAGGAGAGUUGGGUCGCAAAUAUCCUACCAAGUUUUUUCACAAUAGAUGACUUGGCGACUUGUCGGACGUUGAGCCAAACUACCUUGCCGACGCUGGUGGAGACAUGGUUACAGAGCUCUUCUCAGGGCUCUUCAGAAGGGUUAUUGAUCAUUCUUGAUGGAGUAGAGAAUGCACAAUGCCAUGAAGGCCAUGAGUUGCUCGUUAAUAUAGUGACGCUUGUUGGUCAAUCGGAUAGCAUACGUCUCCUCCUGCUUGGUCAGACAGAGGCACUUGAAAACUGGAUUCUUCCGCCUGGAGUAGUUCGCCAUGAACUAUUACCACUACUGGUUUCACAGAGGCAGUAUGCAAUAGAGACACUUAGCCUAUUGGAGGCGGCUAAGGCCACAGAUCCAAGGAGGAUCACUACAGAAACAAGGAAAAUACCACCAGGAACAGGAUUGGGUACUUCAGCCGCGGUACCUGUGGUUUUUGCGAUGGCACUCCAGGCUAGCCGAUCUGGGGACAAGGCCGAAGAAACUCUCGAUGAAUGGCUAGCAGUCGUCUGUCCUACCCCAGAAUUGGCCAGCAAACUGUCAACCGAAAUCUUCCAUCGCGCUACCGCUACAUUACCGCUAAGUAAUGAUACGCCGCUAGCGAAUCGGCCAAUACGGAGCACGCCAUUUCUAGCCUUUUCUAACACCGUUCAACAACUGCUGGUCGCUCGGCACCUGGCAAGCCUCAAUCCCAAUGUGACAGUAGAUCUCUUUUACCGAGCGUCUCUGCAAGGAGAUUCAAUUCUGCAAGUAGAUUCGAUUAUACGCAGCGUGUUGGUCCGUCUCACAACAUCUGGAGAACAGCAGCAACGUGAUGCGCUUAUCGAAGGUCUGCUAGAAGGCCCAAGCGCGCAUCUAAGUGCGCUUCUCAUUGCAGAUUUCGUUGGUGAAGAGCCUAAGUUUCGUACUCAAGUGACGAAGUAUAUCCUUGACAUCGUCCAGAACGGCCUUCUGUCUAUUAAUGCGCGCCAGAAAGCUGGUUGCAUCCUCUCAACACUAGGCGACCCCCGGGAUCUUACAGGUCUAGCAACUGUACCGGCAGGAUCUUUUACAUUUGGCUCCUACGCGCAUCCUAACUCGGAACCUGUGAAUCCUGCGAGCUUAAGUAGCUUUCGAAUCGGGCUUUACCCGGUGGUUAAUCGGGAUUACGCGACUUUUAUUCAAGAGACGCGACGAGAAUGGCUUAGCCCCGAUUGCAUCAUCCCCAAAUACCGUAAUGCGCCCGCUACAGAUCUUACUUGGCACGAUGCUCGAGCAUACUGCGCGUGGUUAACAAAGCAAUGGCGUGCUAAUGGUCGAAUUGAGCCGACUGAGGAGGUGAGACUACCCACGGAGUUGGAGUGGGAGCGCGCUGCGCGUGGUGAUCAGACCGAGACCGGAGAAGAUGGAAGAAUAAUAUAUCCAUGGGGAACAGAGUGGCGGAAGAAUGGGGCCAACAGUGAGGAAACUGGGUUUAAUCGACCUUGCGCAGUAGGGAUUUUUCCACCAUCAAAAUUCGGUUAUGACUUUACUGGGCAGGUUUGGGAGUGGGUAAGCACUUGUUGGGGAGAAAAUAUGGCCACGCCAUUUUUCAAGUAUCCAUACCGGUCGGAGGACGGUCGUGAGGCGCUUGAGGGUGUUCCCAAAGAGAUACGUCGAGUUUUACGCGGUGGAUGCUUCUCGAGUACACGAGCCAAGGCCAGCUGCACCUACCGAGGAAGUUUGGAGCCCGCAGGAUUCUGGCGAGGUAACGGGUUUCGCAUAGCUGUUGCAACUGUUGGAGUUGAUAGAGAUCACAUGAUCUAA